AUGAGUACGCCUUGUCUCGCCCGCAGACUCCGCCCCAGCUCCUGUCUCCAGACCGCAGAGCCGCUCUUCGGCUCCCUGGUUCCCUCUCUCCCGCCCAAGCGCGUUCAUCCAGUACCAUGCGUCUUGCGCUUCUCGACCUCCCAAAGCCAGCUCUACCCCCGGCGAGACCGCAAUAGCGAUCGCGGCGUGUCCGCUGUCCGGCGAACAGGGCUCCGGCCCCGGCAGACUCUAUCCGUCAAGAAGCUAGACCUCCCAACUCCAGUCCUUGACCCCUCGAAGAGAUCAAAACUGCAGGUGGAUGAGGAUCAUGGGCUCUGGCAGUUCUUCGGCACUGAGAGGAGGGCAAUGGCGCUGCCAGAAGAGGUUGGCGCACACGGUCGAGCAUGGACGGUGGAAGAGCUUAGGCACAAGGGUUGGGAUGAUCUCCACGCCCUUUGGUGGGUUUGCGCGAAGGAGCGCAACCGGAUCAAGACACAAACGUACGAAUUGCUUCGACUUCAAGGCGGGUAUGGCGAGUACGAGGCUGAACAACGAGACGAGACGAUCCGACACACACAAAGAGCCAUAAAGGCUGUUCUUACAGAGCGAUGGUAUGCCUGGCAAGAUGCGCGAAGAGUUGGAGUAAACGACCCAGAAGUGAACCUUGAUCCGGAUGAAGGCCCUGCCUACACGCCAACCGUUGGUUACGCGGAGGACGAGGAGGCAGAAGGUGGUGUGGCAGACAGUGCUAUUCUUGAGGAGAGCAGUGUAAAGGAUGCUUCCGCAGAUGAAACCAGCGCCGCACCUCGAGAAUUACCUAGAGGUGCUACACAGGCAUAG